AUGGACCAGCGACCAAGGUAUAACGCUUCAUCUAGCUUCUCUAUUGAUAACAUUUUAAGCGACAGGAAAGAAGAACAGAGGUCUAGCUUUCCUUUUGAGUACCAACACCAAGGCACACCUGACUACCUGCAACACAGUGCACACACAACUUAUCCACCUCAGUUUCAUCAUCACCCUUUGGGUUCUGCGUGGUCUUCAUGUCAGCCUUAUAGUUGUCCCCCGUUUGACAGAUCUCGGAAAACGACGGGUAAGUUUAUUUAGUGUAUUUAAUGAAUCACUUGACUUCACUGACUAAGAAUAACAACCUGAUUAUUAUUAUAACAAUAUAAUGAGAACUUCUAACUGACAAAUUAAAACAAGACUACUCAAGAAGGCAAACAGGAGUAAUCUAAUCAUCUGUGUAUCCACUGUAAGUAUCAGUUGAUGUCAAAUGAAUUUUCAAGGAGAUCACAAGCCUUAUCAAUGAUUUUCACUAAAAAUUUCACCCAUCGUUAUUGAUCAUGUUGUUCAAGAGAAAAUAAACUGAAACUAAAAGCCAAGACCGGAAAAUAAAUGUAAAACGAAAUUAGUCUCUAAAGAAACUUAGCGGGUACCACAUUGGUGGAGAGGUCGGAAAAAAGAAGUAUAUCUUAUCACCUGAGUUAAUGAAUAAUCAAUUAAUGGAAAACUGAAAUUUCGGAUCGAAAGGGGAAAUUGACGCAGAAAAUAAAGUUUCCGGAAAAAUAAGCAAUAUUAUCCAUCCAAGGGAGUAUUGGAUUAGGAAAUAAAGUGCUUAAUUUCUUACCCUUUCUACAUAAUAUCUGAAAGUUAAAGUAACUGAAAGUUUUUUAUAAGAAAAGAGUAAAAGUAGGGAAGGCCGAGUCUUAAUCAGUGAUUGUGGUGGGCACUCACUACUACAGGACAAUUGCUUGAGGUAAAACAUAAUAUUUAGUUGGUUAACUGUGAUUUUGUACAUGAGUUUGACCUAAUUUCGCAAUGGCAUCAAACGCGCAAGUAGAUUUGGGUAAAUGCUUUAUUUGCAUGUACAGGAGUUAUAACUGACUUUAAAGAUUUGAAUCUGAACCGUAACUAGUAUCUGACUGAAGCAUUUUAAGAUGUCUAAGACAUGAAAAGUACUUUCCUUUGGUGCUGUUUCUUAUGAUGUACUUCCUAUAACCAAGAGCCCCUUCAUCCUCUCUUGCUAUAACUGAGUAAAUGAGUGACAAGAAAGCAACACAAUAGUAUACAAGAAUGAAACCAGAAUAAUGAAAGCCUGAUUUCCGGUUAGAAAACUUUGUUUUGGAGCUUAGUUAUUCUUUAACUGGGAACAGUGUCAGGUUUUCUUAGAUUGCUAUUAAUUGUUUGUCCAUCCGAUCAGGACAUAACAUUUGCCCUAGCUAUAGCUACAAUGUAGGUUCAACUUAUCUUAACAAGCGCUUUUAAGGUGUUUGAAUUUGCAUUAGUUGAAAUGUAAUUGUAGUAUAAUUAAAAGUUAAGCCGAUCAUUGAAGUGAGCUAAACAGAGUUUUUUGUUGUCUAAGAUACCUAGUGUCGGUUAACGUGGCCCUUAAAGCAGACUAUGUUUCAGUUCUGUUCAAUAAAAUAGCACCAUCAGAUAGUGCUUAAAAAAGAUUUCAUUUAAAAAGUCACUUUAAAGGUUGACAUCAAGAGGCCCGUUUCUCGAAAGUCCGGUAACUUUUCGGGCCUGAAAUCAAAUAGGUAUUAAAAUAAAAAAUCUGAAUAAAAGGGCGGGUCCUAGAUGACAAACCAGUCUGUUUUGUUUUGUUAACUGAUAGUUUUAUCAUACUAACUGCAAACUGCUGAAACCUCGAUGCUAAGCUUCCGGGCCUGUUAAUUAUCAGGACUUUCGAGAAACGGGCCCCAGAUGCCACAUCUUGAAACUGGGCCCGAAAGAAUGGCACUUAGCAAAUAACUGAUGACCAGUAGGAAAAACUCUUUGAAUUAUGCAGAGGUUCACGCAACACGUAAAUAUAACUGACUGGUUCCUCUUGUCGGAUCUCUAAUCAAAGAGAUGCUGUAGCCAGACGUCACUUAAAGUGUAAAAUAAAACAAACCUAAAUGUAGGGCUUGCACUACGCUAAAGGGCUGAUUUAUUAUAGGCCAAUAUUUCGCCUAACAAAAUUAAAUUUAAAUUUAAGGAGCCUAUAAAAGAUAUUUUCUCUCGGUAUAGCUCUGGUCCUGAGGAAGGCUAGGAAGGAAAUAUUGGCCUAUAAUAAAUCAGCCCUUUGCCGUAAUGCCAGUUCUGCAUUCAGUUUUAUUUUAGCUUUUGUUGAUGACCAGUAACAAUCCGUUAUGGUUUUGAAUGUAAUUUUGAGUCCAUUAGGGAUAGUACUUGCUGACCUAUUAACAGGUAAACUUGUUUCGACUCUUUGUUUCAGUAUUGCAACACGAGAGCAGUGCGCGCGAGCGAAGAAGAGGCCGUGAUCCAACGAAGAAAAGAAAACGAACUGCAUUCACCGCAACUCAAGUGAAGGAACUUGAGGGAGAAUUUCGAAGAAGCAAAUACUUGACAAUUUCGCGUCGAACAGAACUUUCAAAAUCUCUCAAGCUAACUGAAACACAAAUCAAAAUUUGGUUUCAAAAUCGCCGCACUAAAUGGAAGAGAAAAAUCGCCGCUGAGAUGGAAUUCAGCGCGCACUCGCCUGGAAACUUGUAUGGUGGUCCCCCUCAUCCGGGACUUCAUCACUGCAACCAACAUUGUCACCCUGGUACGUGCGCCAUGCCAUAUAACAUUUGCCAAACAGGUUUCAAACCAGUUUUUUGUCACCCCCAAGUGCCAUUCACCUAAAUAGGCGGGAAUAAUUAUAUGGUACAACUGAGGUGACUAUAGGAAAAAAUGGUUCAUCGGCGAGUAUAUAAAUAUAUAUCCUAGUUCAAAGCAUAUCUGAUCACUGUUGCCCUUCAAAUGAACAUGCAGUUGAUGGGAAAUAGACAGACUGUAGCUAAAGCGACAACUUUGGUUUAAAGGUACGAUUCACACCCUCAACGCGGAGAUCUGAUCUCACUUGUGACGAUUGACUACACUAUCUAAAUGCAAUUUUCGGAAAGUGCGCAACAUAUGAAACCAACGACUAGAUUUCCGUAUACCUCUUUGGCCUUGUUGGUUUACAGAUUACAAACAAUACGAUGUUGCUCUAGAACACUAUUUCUUUUAAAUUCCUCCAUCAUGCACGUAAUUUGGGUGUAUAUUUUAUAAAAAGACAAACACAAAAAUGUCACUCGAGAACGUAACAUGAUUUGAAAUGGAACAACUUGCUGGUAUUGAUAUCUUUGUUGUUUCCCGGCCGCUCUUGUUGCAUAUUGAUUUGUUUAAAUUUCUGUUUUAUAUAUUUGGACCAACAAAUCAAAGCAUGAAGUCAGCCAUAAUUUAAAGCCCUGGCCUCAGUUGCUCAUAAGGUGGAUAGUGCUAUCCGACAGGUAAAUCACUAUAUUUUUUAGUGGAUAACGCAACUGGUUUUUGUAAUACCUAUCUACUAGAUAGUCAUUUAUCCAGUCGAUAGCGCGCGCUAACCAGUGUUCGAACAACUGAAGAGGUAAGGGAAAUAAACAUUGUUAUCAUUCGAUGCAAAUUUUUUCCUUUUCAUCGGCCGAAAGCCCACCACUUGACCUGAAAAUAACUGUCUACAAAUAAUGGUCU